GUCCGAGCUUCUCCCGCCGUCAUGAACCUCGCCGCUCCGCCAUUUUUCCACUCCAUUGAAGAAAAACUACCUCCUUCUUUCUCCCGUAAUUAUUUGCACAUAUACAACCUUCAAUACACCCCCCGGUCGUCCUCUCACCACUUGGUCCGUACGCAGAACGACGGUGCGCCAUGAAUUGACAUUACCCCGCCGACACUUUGACCGCGACUCGGUCAACCACUCCAUUGGCUAUGUUUGGGCAAUGCAAGGGAAACGUCUGGAUCGGCGACGACUUCAGCGCAUGUUUCGGCCGUGACUACCUGCAGACCCUCUUCCCCCUCAUCGCAUGCGCCAUCUCCGCCCUCUACCUCUUCUACCAAGUCUGGUCGGCAGCGUCUCAGUCGAGAGAUACGAGUUCCUACCUUCCCGUCAAACAGCUUCUCGUCAGUGCCAAUGGACGAGCGAGCCAUGAUGUUGACAGCGACGAUGAAGAGGAUGAUACGGACGAGGAGAUUGGGGAUGAAAUCAGUCGAAGACAGUCGCUGGGAAUGCAACCAGCAAGGUCUCACACCAAUCCAUCCAUCGUGACCGUCGACAAGCCCCGCGGCGAAGCUCUGAUUACUUUGGUGGAAGAGGUCGCUGUCGUGGCCGAUCUUGCUGUCCAAAUCGCCGCCCUCAUAUUACAAACCUGGGGGCGGAAUGGGACGAUUGCGGGUGUCGCGUGUGUGGUCACUUGGGCAUACAUCGCCGUUCUCACUUCGCUUCGCCUCUUGUUCUCCAGCACUUCGAAGUUCUCUUUCCCCACCCUGUGGUACCACACCGCCAAUCUGUACGGGAUGCAGUGGAUCUUUGGUGUCCUCCUCUUCCGCUCGACCAUCAUUCACCCUCGAUCGAACCUCGCCACGGUCAUGAUCGCCAUUCAUUUCGCCCUCAACUCUCUGCUCCUCGCCAUUGCUCUUGCAUCGCGCAAAGGUAAUGCACCCAUCGAACUCGAGUACGAAGGCGACAUUGAGCCUUCGCGGGAACCCCUCGCCAGCGUCUUCUCCCUCGCAACCUUCUCAUGGGUCGACCCGAUCGUGUGGAAAGGCUACAAAAAGACAUUCGAACUCGCCGAUGUGUGGAACCUGAUUCCCAGGGACAAGGCGGCCAAUGUGCUGGCUGACUACCGACAACUCAAAAAGACCACGGCGUUGGCGUAUCACUUGUUAAAGUACUUCAAGCGCGAGCUGAUCGUCCAAGCCGUGUGGGCCGCGGGAUCGGGUGUGUUGACCUUUGUUCCCACCCUCUUGAUCAUGGUCAUUCUUCAAUAUCUUGAAGACCCCGUAAACACCCCUCGCAAUGCUGCCUGGUUCUACGUCAUCCUGCUCUUCGUAUCGGGAGUCUCCAACGCUUUGGCCAGCGGCCAGGCACUUUGGAUCGGAAGGAGGGUGUGCAUUCGGCUGAGAGCAAUCAUCAUCGGUGAGAUCUUUGGCAAAACGCUACGAAGACGCGCGGGUGCUAGCUCGGACAAGAUUCUCGGAGGCGAAACAACCAACCCGGACAAGGGAAAAGGGAAGCAAGGAAUUAUCGCGAAGAUCUUCUCUCUCGGUCGCAAGAAGAAUGCGGAUGAUUCAAAGAAGCCCGAUGAUCAAGAAGCCGCUGCUACCCCGAUCGACGAGUCUCAAGUAUCGUCGGGCACCAUUAUCAACCUCAUGGCCGUCGAUUCCUUCAAAGUCGCCGACAUCUGUGCAUAUCUGCACUUUCUCUGGGCCGAGACCCCGGUGCAGUUCAUCAUCUCCAUCGUCCUGCUCUACCAGAUUCUCGGCUACAGCAGCAUCAUGGGGAUUGUCAUGAUGCUUCUCCUCCUGCCGGUCAACAUGAUCGUGGCAAGGCGCUUUGCCACGGUUCAGAAAAGGAUCUUGGCCGCCACCGAUGCGAGAAUCCACUCCACCAAUGAGGUUUUGACCAACAUCCGCAUCAUCAAGUACUUUGCUUGGGAACAGCGCUUCCUCAAGGCGGUCGACGAGAAACGCGCGGUCGAGCUGAAGGAGCUGCGAAACAGGUACAUCGUCUGGGCGACGGCAUUCAUGAUCUGGUCCGGCGCGCCCAUCCUCAUCACCCUCUUCACUUUCCUCGUCUUCACCGUGGUGGAGAAGAGAGACCUGAUCCCGUCCGUUGCGUUCACCGCGCUGUCGCUGUUUAGCUUGCUGCGCAUCCCGUUGGAUCAAUUGGCCGACAUGAUUGCGCACGUGCAAGAGUCGAAGGUCUCUGUGGAUCGUAUCGAAGAGUAUCUCAAUGAGCCGGAGACGGAGAAGUAUACGCAACUCAAGAUGGCCGAGCUGGACGACGAGGGCGAAACCGUCCUUGGAUUCGACGACGGCAUUUUCAGCUGGGGCCUCGAGGGCUCGGAUGACUUCAAAAUGAUCGAUCUUGACCUCCGCUUCAAGGUCGGCCAGAUGAACGUCAUCAUCGGCCCGACGGGAAGCGGCAAGACCUCCAUGCUGAUGGCGCUGUUGGGAGAGAUGACUCUGCUCAACGGCAAGGUCUACCUUCCAGGCGGCACGAGUAGGGAAGAUCUCAAGCCCGAGCCUGGCAGCGGUCUGACGGAGAGCGUGGCCUAUUGUGCGCAGCAGGCGUGGCUGCUGAACGGGACUAUCAAGGAGAACAUUGUCUUCGCCAGCGAUUGGGACGCGAGGCGGUACAAGGAUGUGAUCGUCGCAUGUUCUCUGCAACGUGACCUGGAAAUUCUGGACAACGGCGAUCAAACCCUCGUCGGCGAGAAAGGUGUCACCCUGUCAGGUGGUCAGAAACAGCGGAUCAGUCUUGCUCGGGCACUGUACUGCAAAGCGAGGCAUGUCCUCAUGGACGAUGUGCUGAGCGCCGUCGACUCUCACACAGCGAAAUGGAUCUUCGACAAGGCGCUCCUCGGCCCGCUAAUGUACGAUCGAACGUGCAUCUUGGUGACACACAAUGCCACUUUGUGUCUGCCACACGCGGACUUCGCCGUUGUGCUCGAUAACGGGCGCGUGGCUGUCCAGGGGACCUCCGCAGAAGUCAUCUCUUCCGGCAAGCUUGCCGAGGACAUGGCAAAGUUCGAGUCGAGACCAGCAUCGCGCGCAGCUUCGGCCAGACCAUCCAGAGUUCCUUCUGAGGAAGACGUCAAAAAGGGUGAAUCGCAAGAGCAGCCCGCAAAUGGUCAUCUGGAGCCUGUCGAGACGGAUCUCGAAAUUGUUCCCCGGCCGAGUACGACUCUGCCGCCAGAUGCUCUCGCCAAAGUCGUCUCCAAGGACAUCCCUGGUAUGAACCAAGUUCUCGACAACGACAUUACACGCGAAGGCAAGGCGACCGGAGCCGUCAAACUCACUGUCAUCCUGAAGUACCUCGUCUACAUGGGCGGGCCCGUCUACUGGUUCUUCGCUGGUAUCUUCUUCAUACUGGUGCAGGUGUCACAGGUCGCGACGAACGUCUGGAUCCGACAGUGGGCGAACGCCUACGCUUACAAAGAGACCGCUUCAGUCAUGGCUUCCAACCACACCUCGCAUGCGACACAUGUACUGGGGACGUUCAGCGGCUCGUACAAUUGUCUGCGGACCGGGUCGUGUAUUUGGGGCAUUUGGUCUUCGCCAGCGCGGCAAGAUGGCAUCCAUAUGGCGACAACAAAGUCUGAAGUCGACGCUGGCUACUACCUCACAGUUUACGCGAUCCUGGGCGUGUCCUACAUGAUCAUCACCUUCCUUCGCGAGGGUCUGCUGUUCGCAGGGUCCCUCACCGCGUCCAAACGUAUUCAUCGACAACUGAUGGAGUCGGUGAGCCAUGCGAAAUUCCGCUUCUUCGACACCACGCCGCUCGGACAGAUCAUGAACCGCUUCUCCAAAGACAUUGAGAAUAUUGAUCAGGAGAUUGCACCCGUGGCCGUGGGAGUGGUGCACUGCCUUGUGGCAAUCGUCACCAUUGUCAUUGUCAUCUCGGCCGUUGUGCCUUCUUUCCUGAUCGCUGGCGUCUUCAUCACAAUCAUCUACAUCCUCAUCGGCCGCUUCUACAUCAACUCCUCUCGAGACCUGAAGCGCCUGGAGUCUGUCCAACGCAGCCCGCUGUAUCAGCAAUUCGGGGAAGCACUGACGGGCGUCACUACGAUCAGAGCCUAUGGCGAUGACCGACGCUUUAUCCGCGAGAACCUGAACCGCGUCAAUGUCCACAACCGCCCGUACCUCUACCUAUGGAGCGCAAACCGAUGGCUGGCCUUCCGCGUCGAUCUCGUGGGCGCACUCGUUGCCUUCUUUGCCGGAGCUUUCGUCGUCAUCGGCGCCGGCACCGUGGAUCCUGGCGCGGCUGGGUUGGCACUUACGUACGCCGUGACCUUCACCGAGAACGUGCUGUGGUUCGUGCGCUUGUAUGCGUCCAACGAACAGAACAUGAACUCUGUGGAGCGUAUCAAGGAAUACCUCGAUGUCGAGCAGGAGGCCGCGCAACACGUGCCCGAGAACCAACCGGCGGCGAACUGGCCCAGCCAGGGUGCCGUGGAAUUCAUCGAUUACAGCACGAGGUAUCGGAGCGACUUUGAUUUGGUACUGAAGAAGAUCACUUUCCGCAUUCUACCUGGUGAGAAGGUGGGGGUGGUGGGCAGGACUGGUGCGGGCAAGAGCUCGCUCGCCCUCGCGCUGUUCCGAGCACUGGAGGCGGAGGAGGGCAAGAUCCUCAUCGACAACGUCGACGUAGGCUUGAUCGGUCUGCAGGACUUGCGCGAGAAUAUCGUCAUGGUGCCGCAGGAUCCGACGUUGUUCACGGGCACAAUCCGCAGCAACCUUGAUCCCUUUGGCUUGUUCACCGACGAGGAGAUCUUCAUGGCUCUGCAAAGAGUGCAGCUGAUCAGCGGCCCCACCGCGACUCCUUCUCGACCUUCGACACCCCAACCCGGCAAGACCUCCACCACGAGCACAGCAGCAUCGAAACGCUUGCUGCCAGUCAAGUCCGACGCUCCAGACGCCCCCUCGCCCACCGAGCCCAACACGCCCACGCUCGAGAACAAAAACAUCUUCCGCAACCUCUCCUCCCCCGUGGCCGAGUCCGGCACGAACCUCUCGCAAGGCCAGCGCCAACUCCUCUGCCUCGCGCGCGCCAUGCUCAAGAACCCCAAGGUGCUGCUCAUGGAUGAGGCGACGGCGUCCAUCGACUACGCCACCGACGCCAAGAUCCAGGAGACGAUCCGCGACAUCAAAAACACCACCGUCACCAUUGCGCAUCGCUUGCAGACCAUUAUUGACUACGACAAGGUGCUCGUGCUGGACAAGGGCGAGGUGAUUGAGUUUGGGGAUCCGUAUGAUCUUAUUCGCACGGAGGCCGGCUCGUUCCGCGGGAUGUGUGAGACGAGUGGAGAUUUGGAGGUGCUGGUACGCGAUGCGAAGAGGGCGUAUGAUGCGCGCCGCUUGGUUGAUGACUCUUGAUUCUCUGGACGUCGAUACACCCUAGAACAAGGAGCAUAGCGUGGGGCGGCGGGAGGCCAAGCGUUCAUUGCUGCAUUUGGCGUUGAUGAUGGAAAGGGCU